AUGGGGGGAAGCUAUGUGGAGCAAGCUCGUGAGAAUCACGUCAAGAAGAAGGUUGAAGAAGCGCUGCGUAGCAAGAUGAAGGCCAAGGCAUUAAACGAGUGUGAUCAGUACGUCUCUAAGUAUGCUGAAUGUGCCACGGGGAGAACCUUCUCUGUGGUUUGGACAUGUCGUAAGAUAGCUAAAGAGCUCAACACUUGUCUCCAUGAGUUCACCAAUGACAAAGUGUUGGAGGAAAUGAAGAGAGAGUACACGCUUCAAGAAGAGGGUAAACUCUCAGCAGCGUCGACCACAUGA